AAGCGCUUUCUCGUUGCAGUUAACGGCGACGCGCAGCUGCUGAUGGCGGAGAUGCUGAAGGUCUUCGUCCGAGAAGCAGCAGCACGAGCAGCACGGCAGGCUCAGGCGGAGGACCUGGAGAAAGUGGAUAUUGAGCAUGUGGAGAAAGUGCUGCCACAGCUGAUUUCAAAUCCUGAUGUCUUCCCCCAUGCUGACUCCUACUGA